AUGAUAAGACAGAUAUGUGGUCGAGAGCCACCGGAGCGUUUUAAAAGACAAACGGCACAUGGGGGGCAAUUUGUUUUAUUUCCGUUAUUCCCACCCGCCCCCGGCCAAGCCCGCCCGGGCAAUACGCGGUUCGCCGAGAGAAAUAUAUCGCUCCAAGAGAAAAGCUACGGUCCCUACGUGGCGGUGGCAGCGCUGACAUCGAACAAAAAAGUACGUUUCGACGGCACCGCGAGAGAUCACUGUAUCGAGUACACCUACACGUGCGAGGAUGCGAUGAGAGGGAAAAGCGGCGGCGAAGGCCAACGCCUCAUAGUCGGUCGAAGAACUGUUGAGAAUCGUUUCGAAAGUUCGGUAAAGUUAUCGAAAUGA